CAGGCCGCGGGGCGAGGACGCCCCCGGAGCAUAGAGCUCGUGCCUAGCUGGGCCUCCGGGCCGCCGCUUCCGCCGCUUCCGCCCGCCUCAACCGCGCUUGCGCCCCGAGUCUCUUCCUCUCUGGGCUGGGACCUGGCUGGCGGCGACAUGGCCAAACGCACCAAGAAGGUCGGGAUCGUGGGUAAAUACGGGACGCGCUACGGGGCCUCGCUCAGGAAGAUGGUGAAGAAGAUCGAGAUCAGCCAGCACGCCAAGUACACCUGCUCCUUCUGCGGCAAGACCAAGAUGAAAAGGCGAGCGGUGGGCAUCUGGCACUGCGGCUCCUGCAUGAAGACCGUGGCCGGCGGCGCCUGGACCUACAACACCACUUCUGCUGUCACAGUAAAGUCUGCCAUCAGAAGACUGAAGGAGUUGAAAGACCAGUAGAAGCUCCACCAUGUGAAACAUAGCUAGCCUACAAUAAAUGGGUUAAUUUAUAUGAUAAAAUUA